UCAUUAUUUCAAUUUAUAAAACUUGAAUCGUUCGAAAAAUUCCAAUUUCAAAUGCGUAGAUUUUAAAACUUGAAUGAAAAAAUUCCUUUUAUAUUGUGAGAUGGUUUUCUGUAUUAAUUCUGACAUUUUUUUGGUUCAAUAUAUGAAAUAAUUUCGAUUAGAUUAUAUCGAUGGAAUUCCAGAUUGUAGUAGUUUUGGAAUGAGGGGAAAUCAAGCAUCAAAUCGUAAAUAAGUUAAUGUUCAGGCCGGUUUGCUUUUGGGGAGUUCCUAAAAUAGUUCGAUUUAUUAGCAUAGCCAUUUAAAUUGCUGGGAUUUUCUAAAUUUUAUCAAUCGCUUCUGAAAUUUCGAAUUUAUGAAAUCUUCUCUGCUCUUUUUAGAGUUCAACAUUAUAAUAUUUUCUUUAUCAGUGAUUAAGCAUUUCAACUACUGGUGAUAGUGGAGAUGUGAAAGUAUCGGACACUGAAGAACUAUUAGGCAGAUAUGAUUCAGAAGACGAAAAUUUCGAUAGCAUAAGGAAUCUGUCUACUCCCUGUCAAGAAAGAUUGAGUAGAACCAGCUCAAGGUCCACCUCAAUAAAUGAGGAACAACCAAAAACUGAAGAAACACCUCGACACAUAAAAUUAGAGGAAUUCAUCUGCGAUGUCUCUAUGGACAAUAGUGAUCCAUCUGGGCAGGAAAAACAGGAAUUUUCCUUCACCCUUUACGAUUUCGACGGUCAUGGAAAAAUAACUAAAGAUGAUAUCGCUGGACUGGUGACAACUAUUUAUGAAGCAAUUGGUUCAUCGGUGAAAGUACCACACUAUGGUAGUAAAACCAUCAAAGUAAAAUUGACUGUUUCUCCUGAGAAACAAACACCAGAAAACAGUAAACCACAUGAUGCAAACAUCAAAAAUUCGAAUAUCAGAUACAAAAAAGAUAUCAACGUUACUAUUCGACAAGAUUCGAAUGCUAAAAAUGAAUGUUAUAAUGCCAAUAACAAGACCAGUAGGCAUCACUGUUGUAAAAGAGUUCAAAAACGACGGCAAAAACACACUUGCUGUAAGAAGGAAACAGAGAAUGAAGAUAAUUUGAUAUCCGACGAGUGUUCAGAUGUUUACAGUAGACUUUCAAGUGCUUCAACCAGUGAAGAUGAAUGUGAAAACGAUCUCAUUUCAGAUCAAGAACAAACAACUCAAAAAGUCAAACAAAAGAGAUACACAAAGAAAAAUAAUUCUAGAUAUACAAUACCUACAUCUUUUUUGAAAGAUAUCUACAAACAGCAAAGGAAUUUUACCAAAAAUAAGAAAGAGAGGAAUAGAUCCAGCUCCUUGCAAAGAAAGGAACUCUUAGAAAUCAUUCAAGCUAAUAUGGAGAAGAAUAAUCUCAGUUUUCAAACGAUAGGAAAACAAUGUGCCCAACAAGAUAACUCUGAGAGCAAGCCAGUGGAGUCAACAAAGCAUCAUCAUAGACAUAAGACAACAACGAAAACAGAUAGUACUUUCAAUAGCUGCAUCAAUAACACUCAGUUUUACGUAGAUCUCUCAUCUCUACAAAAUGCAACUCACUUGCCAACAGCUUACAAAUACGACAAAUUAAUAGACGCUGUUAUAGGAGUAUCAAAUAGAAGGAACAAUCAAGGAAAACAUAAUAAAAAACACAACAAAAUCAACUCAGAUUGUGACAAUCCAGUGGAGUAUCAAGUGAUAAAUGAAGAUGUAGUCAAAGCACCUUCCAAUUUGAAAAGAAGCAACGAUUCAGCAAAUAAAAAAAACGCGAAGAAGGCACAAGGAGUAACAGGGCACACAUCUUCACCACAUUACCUCAAACACAGAAACCGACAGGAAGACCAAGCUAGAGCAAUGGCUCAGGUUGUUCGUUGGUUGGAGCAAGAAUUUUCCUCUAAUCUCACAAUGAAAAACAAAUGGGAAAGGGUUAACCAACAUAACGGAUUUUCAUCAGAGAAAGACAACACAAACUGUCCGAAUACAAACAAAAAUGUCGAGAGACACGAACACCAUCAUGUUCAUGAACAUAUUCAUCACCAUUAUCAUCAUUAUCAAGAGACUCCUUUCAUAGUGUGAAUGGAAAAUGUUUUAUUUAUUUCAAAAGGUGAAUUCACUUAAAUGAUUGCUUAAAAUCGUUGUACUUAUCAUUCCCAGGUAAUUUUUUUCUUGGGAGUUGGACCCAAAACCUGAAAAUUGUUUUUGUUGAUAUUUUUUUUCUUUGAGAUUGGUCAUUUUCAAGCUGGUUUCAUACUGAAUUUAAGGAAUUUCGCUAAAGUUGCACAUGCACUUUAUCAAAACAUACUUUUAACUUUUUGUUUCCGAAGAUUAUUUGAGUAUUGUUACUCCAACUUUAUUGGAAUGUUCCACUGUGAAAUUUAAAAAUUUCAGAAUAAAUUCUACGAUAACUGUAUGUGAAACCAGUUUUAUUUGUACGGUUUCAAUUUUAGAGUAUUAUGUCCAAUAUAAUAACAGAUAAUGUUGGAAAGUGAGAAAUUAAAUGAAUCUAUUAUUUAUUGAUAAUUCGUCAACAAUAACGAGCCUCUCUAUUUUGCUAUAUCGCUUGUUUAAGAGAAAUUUUUAUGGAUUUGUAUUCAACAGGGUUUGAAAUUCUGAUUUAUUAUAAGCUCUAAAAUGUGAGGUUGAUAAAUUCUUCAAGGAAAAUAUGUGUUGAGAAAUUUUAUAGAUUUAUCCUAUGUAGCAAAAUAAGGAAGUAAUUGAAUCUCUGUACUUUCGUUAACAUCAAAAUUAUUUUUUACUCAAAUCGACUUAAUUUAAGUUUGUCUUCUUUAUUUGUUGUAUGGUUACUAGUCUAUAAUUUCAAUUAAGUAUUUAUUUUUUCAUCAGAUAGUAUAUAAUUGGAAAGUCAGUAUUGAUAUUUUUUGCAUUUCUUGAGUUGUUUUUACUAUUAUUUUAGUCAGUCGAUUUAUCAUCAGUUUGAUGAUUCUAUUUUAGUAAUGAACUUUGCUACCUCUGUUUUCAAACACUAAUGUGGUAUGAUAAAGAAAUGUAAGAGUAACAUUCACCUGAUUUUUUUUUUCAGGGAUUUGUUGAAUCUUCGCUGUACAUAAUUUUUAUCUUUUCACAUUGAGAAUUGUAUUGAAUAUUAUUUAUUAAAAAAAAAAACAUUAA